AACCAACCUGUGUCGAUCAUCGUUUUAAGUGGAUUGCAUACUAUCACCGAGGAAGAAAAAAGAAAACAAAAUGCGAGAGUGAAUCCGGAAUAAUCAGUCACCAUGUCUCUGCAAGUGGUGGUCAUCAAGGCCACGAAUGUCCCGAAUGCAGAGAAAUUUGGAGAAAGUGAUCCGUACGUAGCCAUCGAAUUCCAAGGUAUAAAGAAGAAAACAGAGGUGAUCAAAUCCAAUCUAAAUCCAGUUUGGAAUGAGACUUUUGAGAUUGAUCUAAGUGGAAGACCAUUAACAGCUUCAGAUGAACUGCAAGUUAGUGUCAUGGACUGGGAGAGGGUGGGCCGAAACAGACUUUUGGCCCAGACCAAGGUCCCCCUGCGGAACUUACUGCGAGGUGGAGCCCAGUCUGAAUCCCUUAACCUCAGUCUCAAGGACAGUAAUGGACGACCCACCCAGGCACAGCUUGAGAUGAAGUUGAUGUACAAGCCACCAGCAUCAGCAGCCCCACCUGCGUCCGCUGGAGCCACAGGGGGCACUGACCCCACCCAGGAAAGUCAAGGUCAGGUUUUGGGGGACUCCCUGUUGGAGGGAGAUGAGGAGGAGGAAGAAGAAGAAGUGGACACUGGCCCCCCUCAGAUUGACCCGGCCACUGGACAGGUCAUCCCCAAACCCAAACGGAAAAAGAAACGGGGAAACAAAAUGGGCCGGAGAAAACUCCUUGAAAAUCUCUCAACCAAACCAACCGACUUCCAGAUCAGGGUUAAAGUAAUAGAAGCCAGACAGUUACAAGGGGGAAAUAUCCAACCUGUUGCCAAGAUAACCGUGGCCAACCAAACAAAGCAAACUCGAGUGAAGAAGUCAACUAAUAGCCCAUGCUGGAAUGAGGCCUUCUUUUUCAACUUUAAAAUAUCUCCGGCAGAACUCAUGGAUGAGCUGGUCGAAUUCAAGGUUUUCAACUCCAAGAAGCUGAGGUCUGAUGCAUUGAUUGGAUCCUUCAAGUGUGAUGUCGGCAUGGUGUAUCUAGAACAACGACAUGCCUUCCUCCAAAAAUGGCUGUUACUAAGUGACCCUGAGGAUCAAAUGGCGGGUGCCAAGGGCUACCUGAAAGUGUGCGUCUGUGUCAUUGGACCUGGAGAUGAGGCCCCAAGCUUUAAAUCAGUGGCCGGAGAAGAAACAGAUGACAUUGAAAGUAACUUGCUACGUCCAGCUGGCGUCCAGUUGCGGCCCGCGACCUUCAUCCUUAAACUGUACCGUGCAGAAGACAUCCCAAGGAUGGACUCUGCCUUUAUGCAAGGAGUGAAGAAAGUGUUUGGUAUUGGAGAAGAACAAAAAGAACUUGUGGACCCUUACUUUGUCUUCAGCUUUGCAGGAAAAGAGGUGCAAUCUAAAAUCAUGUACAACAAUGAUCAUCCAGACUGGAAUCAGGUGUUAAAGAUUGGGAUUCAGUUUCCUUCAAUGUGUGAGCGUCUUAAAUUCAUGAUCAAGGACUGGGACAGGAUGAGCAUGGACGAUGUCGUGGGGACACAUUACAUCCCGCUAUCGCUGAUGUGUUCUAGCGGAGAGCUUGCCCAGUUUGAUAGCUUUCUUCCCACCUUUGGCCCCAGCUUUGUGAAUUUUUAUGGAUCCACCCGUGAAUAUUCUGAUUUGCCAGAUGAAUAUGAUGAUCUUAACUUAGGAAAGGGAGAAGGUGUGGCCUACAGAGGAAGGGCAUUGGUUGAGAUUCAGACUAACCUGGGCGAGUUACCUGAGAUACCUGUGGAGGAUAUCAACAAUGAUGAUCUACUGAGAGUCCAGAAAUUCAUGCGACGUAGGAAGUAUAAACUCCAUGCUGCCUUCCUGAAUGCUACUAUGGUUAGUGCCAUUGAUGCUCCUGUGGAGUUUGAAAUCAGCAUUGGAAACUAUGGUAACAAACUGGACGAGAACACAGCUCCAUGUGCUUCCACGACACAGCCGACAAACGCUGUGUUCGACGGCUGUCAUUACUACUUCCUGCCGUGGGCUGGGACCAAACCCUGUAUUGUUGUAGAAUCAUCAUGGGAGGAUAUCAGCUUCAGGCUGGAGGGGCUCAACUUGAUGCUCAAAAUUAUAGAUACUCUGGAGGCAAACAUUGAGCAGGUUAAGAUUGGAAUCAAGGCCAAACUUCCAACUCCUGAGUUGGCUCAGCUGCUGAUCUCACUGCUCGACCAGCUGGAACAGGACUGCAAGAAAACUCUUCCUGAGCCGAAGCCAGGUAAACACGUCAGUAACGAGCUGGACAGACUUACUCGAGAAUACCGACAGUUUGAGCUUGAAAACAUUGGUGACAGCGUGAGUAAGCUAAAACAGUCAGCUACAGACGUACACGAAGCCAUAGCAGAGGUGGAGAAUUUCCUACAAAUACUCAAAAAUAUGGCCAAAGAGCCACAGAACAGUAUGCCUGAUGUUGUUGUCUGGAUGAUCAGUGGAGAUAAGAGAUUAGCCUAUUACAGAAUCCCAGCUCAUGAAGUGUUGUGGUCAGCUAAUCCGGAGUAUAUCGGCAAACAAUGUGGUCGUCUGCAGACCAUACAACUCAAAUAUCCAGGUGUAAAGGCAGAGAAGGAGAAGAUAAGUGAAGUUCCAGCGAUGGUGCGUGUGAAGAUCUGGUUGGGUCUGGCUAACGAGGACGAUGCCUGGCAUAAAAUGCAGACAGAAGGAGAACAAGCUGUCUUUGCAGAAACUUAUGAGAAUGAGUGUAACCUACCAGUGGUGGGAUGGACCAAGAAAGGACCACUCGGAAGACCAAAGUGGUCAGAUAGCCAGGGAAAGUGUAAGCUUCCCCGAGAGAUGUUCAAUCCUCCCCCAGGAUGGAAAUGGGAGGGGGAUUGGUAUGUCAGUCCUGAGCUCAGUAUGUUGUUUGACAAGGACGCGGGUCAUAAGACUUAUAUGGAGGAAUGCUAUGAGAUGCAGUCUCGACUUCCAGCUACAAGUUGGGGACCAGCUACCAGGCCAUGGACCGAUGUGAAAGGUGAUGAGAUGCCCCCCAAGGACUCUGUUGAGCUCCCUCCUGGGUGGGUGUGGGAGGAUGUUUGGCAGAUAGAUCUGUCCCGAGCGGUGGAUGAAGACGGCUGGGAAUAUUGUGUGGAGGCCACCAUGGGAGGAUACGGUCCAGUGGAGAAACGGUACCACCUCUGUCGAAGGCGGCGCUGGGUGCGGACCCGCAAACUGGUGGAGAAUGCCAAACAGAAGAAACAUAAGGAGAAGAAAAUGGAAGAGGCCGCAGAAGGGUGGGAGUACGCUCCUCUGUUUAACCUCAAGUUCCACCACACUGAACGCACCAUGGACAUGGUUCGUCGGAGGCGCUGGCACAGAAAGAUGGUCUGUGAGAAGAAAGGGGCGGACUGUUUCUUUGCCAUGAAUUUUGAGGAUGAAGAUGAUAAAGAAGACUUCAAUGCUGCUUAUGCGGCUCCUAGAAUGUUCCUGACAUUUAAAAAACCCUACAAGUACCAGUUGAGGGCCUACAUUUACCAAGCACGUGAUCUGCUAGCUGGGGAUGAGACGGGUCUCUCAGACCCCUAUGCUCGCAUUUCCUUCCUGACCCAGAGCUCAGUGACUGAGAGGAUGGAGAAGUCCCUCUGCCCCACCUGGGACCAAACUCUAAUUUUUGAGGAAAUUGAAAUUUAUGGUGACCCCCAGGCUUUAGAGGAGAACCCUCCAGAAGUUGUGAUUGAAGUAUUUGACUAUGACAAGUUUGGGUCCAAUGAGUUCUUAGGCAGGACCAAGGCCCACCCCAUGGUGAAGCUGGACCCCUCUGAUGCUCGGAUGCCAGUUUUACAGUGGUACCCUAUUACUCGGGGGCCAGAGGACGGCGGGGAGCUGCUGGCGGCAUUUGAACUCUUCCUGGUGCCAGACAAGAAUGCUUCAAUGGAAAGUCUGCUGGCUGGCUCAGAUCUACCAUUCUUACCUCCAAAGAAAGGAGAUCUCUUCCUGGUACCCAAUGGAAUCCGACCAGUAAUGCAGAGAACAGCUAUAGAGGUUCUAUGCUGGGGUGUAAGGAACAUGCAGAAAUUUCAGCUUGCUGCAGUUACCUCCCCUAGUGUUGAAUUUGAAUGUGGAGGACAUGUGUUUGAAUCCAGCGUUAUCAAAAACACAAAAAAGAACCCCAACUUCAAUGAGAAUGUCUUGUUCUUUGAUGUUAUGUUGCCACGUGAGGAACUGUACAUGCCUCCAAUGAAUAUUAGGGUAAGGGAUCACAGACAGUUUGGGAGGAAACCUACUGUGGGGAUCCAUGUCCUGAAAUCCCUGGAGGAAUAUCGCUGUGACCCCAUCCGACGGGAACAGCAAGAGGAAGAUGAGGGUGUGCAAGGUGGACUUGUGAAUGGGGGACGCAGUGGGGAACAUGUGAUUGAGAUGCCAACAGAAGAAAAGAAAAAAGAGACAGGGAAGGCACUUCUUGUUAAAGCCAAAUCCAAACUGGACAGUGCUCUACUGCGUAUAAAGCCUGACCCGGUUGUGGAGGAGGAAAUUGAUUGGUGGUCCAAGUACUAUGCUUCCACGGGACAACCACACAAGUGCAAGAAGUAUGUGGAAAAAGGACAUGAUAAAAUUGAGGUUUAUCAAACUGCGCUGGAGGACGUAGAGUUCACUAAAGGAUUUAAUGAUUUCUGCUCCACCUUUGAGCUACAGAGAGGGAAGGAUGAUGAUGAAGACGAAUCAAAUAUAGUGGGAGAGUUCAAGGGAGGAUUCAAGGUCUACCCCCUGCCACCUGACCCCAAUGAGGAAAUGCCUUCCAAGGUCUUUGUGAACUUACCAAGCUCAGCACCAGAGGAGUGUAUCAUCAGAGUUUAUGUUAUCUGUGGCAUCGAUCUACAACCCAAUGAUUCUAGUGGACUGGCUGACCCGUAUGUUGAGAUUAUCCUUGGCAAUAAGAAGAUCAGUGACAGGGAUAAUUACAAACCUAACACUAUUGACCCAGUUUUUGGACAAAUGUUUGAAUUGACAGCAAUGUUACCUGUACAAAAAGAUCUGACAGUACGUAUCAAGGAUUAUGAUAUCAUUAGCAGUGAUGAUGUCAUCGGAGAGACUUUAAUAGAUUUAGAAAAUCGCUACGUGUCCAAAUACCGUGCAACAUGUGGACUCCAGAAGUCCUACUGCAUUGCUGGUGUCAACCAAUGGAGAGAUGCUGCGAAGCCCAAACAGAUUUUAGAAAACUACUGUAAACAGAACCAUGUGACAGGUCCUCUGUUUUACGGAAACAACAGUGUCAAGGUCGGCAGGAAGACGUAUAAUCUCGCCGAGUUUGAGCCAAACAAACCUGUUGAUCCAAAUGCAGGACCUGCAGAGGAACGCCUGGCUUUACAUGUGUUACAUACACUCCCAUUGGUCAAGGAGCAUGUAGAGACACGCCCCCUAUUUAACCCUAUCCAACCAGGCAUAGAGCAGGGCAAACUUCAGAUGUGGGUGGACAUUUUCCCCAAAUCCCUCGGUGUUCCUGGGCCACCAUUUAACAUUGAACCAAGACGUGCAAAAGAUUAUGUACUCCGUAUCAUUAUCUGGAACACAGUGGAUGUUGUGCUGGAAGAGGAAUCAAUCACGGGGGAACAAAUGUCGGAUAUUUACGUCAAAGGUUGGAUAUCAGGCAUCGAUGAAAAACAGAAAACUGAUGUACAUUACAGGUCACUGGAUGGGGAGGGGAACUUCAACUGGCGGUUUGUUUUCCCCUUCAGUUAUGUCCCAGCAGAACAGGUGAUGGAGGUCAGGAAAAAGGAGCAUUUCUGGAGCUUGGAUGAGACUGUACAGCAUCUUCAGCCCAACGUUAUGAUCCAAGUGUGGGACAAUGACAAAUUCUCCAUGGACGACUUCCUAGGAACUCUGUGUUUAAAUCUCAAUGCCAUGCCUAUGCCAGCUAAGAAGGCAGGAUCCUGUAAACUGACAAUGCUCCCUGACCUCACUACCGGGUCAGAGAUCAAACUGGUGUCGUUAUUUGAACAGAAGAGACUGAGGGGGUUCUGGCCAGUGUAUAACGAUGAUACAGGACAAAGGGUGCUCACCGGUAAAGUUGAGAUGGAGAUGGAGCUUGUGUCAGUGGAGGAGGCCGAGGAAAGACCAGCAGGUCAAGGUCAGGAGGAACCCAACAUGAACCCAAAACUGGAUCCACCAAAGCGGCCUGAGACUUCCUUCCUUUGGUUUACUUCACCCUGGAAGACGAUGCGUUACAUUAUCUGGCGUAACUACAAAUGGUACAUCAUUGGAUUCUUCCUCCUCAUCCUCCUGUUGCUCCUCAUCUUUCUCUUCCUGUAUUCAUUCCCGGGAGAAGUUUCUCAGAAGAUUGUUAACGGUUAGAGAUUGUCACAAACUUUACGUCUAUAAACAUAGUGUAGUGAUAGCCUCGGCAGAGACCAAAAGAAAACUUAACAUUUAUAAACAUAGUGUAGUGAUAGCAUCAGCAGAGACCAAAAGAAAAAAAAAGACACCAAAGACUAUUUCUCAGUUCAAUCUUGUGUACACCAACUCUUAUUUUCUUAAAAAUAACUUAAUUACAUAUCUAAGAUUAAAGCUCUGCUAAGGGAGGUAAUUAUUCAAGGAGGAUAUGUUGAUGAAUACUUCAUCAAUGAUCAAACACUUUUACCACAAUGACAAUUGUUUAUGAGGAAAUCAGUAGUUUGGAGUGAACCGUAAAUGUUUAGUUGUGGAUACGAGGUUUUGAUAAUAACCCUGUGCAGGGAUUUCUAGCUUCUCUGUGAUAAAACGAUGCUUCUAACUUUUAACUAUGUGCUUGAUAUAUGAGGAUGAUCAUGGAAGAACAAAUAUAAGUGGAUGUUAUUUGUUGCUAAUGAUCAAAAGAGUAAUCCCAACGACCUUUCUGUACUUAUCCUGUGUUAACCUCUCUCUGUCUGUAGACAGUGUUAUGCAUUUAAAAUAUUUUCUUUGAUCAUCUUGCCUUUCAUUGUUAAAACAUUUGAUCACCAUUAACAUGUUUAUUGUAUACAUGCAUGUUAUUGUACUAUUCUUUUAUUUUAGAACAAAUUGUAGCAUUCCUUCUACUUGUAGUUUUUUUUCUAAUUAAUAUUAAAAAUAAAAAAAAAAAUUGGAGAAAAAAAACCCAUUAUAUUUAUACAUGCCUAUAUACAUUGUAAGUGAUACUGGUAUUUUUUGUAAAUCAUCGAAAUUCUUUUUUUUUUUUUUUUUUGGAGAUACUAUUGUAACUGUAAGAAAUAGUGAUUGAUGCAAGAAAAAUAAAAUUAUGUUUAUUUGUAAAAAGUCACUAAUGACAAGUGAUAUAGCUGCUGUGCCUUUAAUAUUUUCUCUUGCAGAUUGUUAAUGUUAAAUCUGCUGUUUUAAUUUUUAAUGAUAUUUCAGUAUACCUAUUUUUACUGUGUAUGAACUCUGUGUUGGCUGAUAUUAUGUAUCUGUUGGACUUGAGCAUUAAAUGUUACCUUGUGAUGCUGGUCACAGUUCUGAAAGUAGAAUCAUUUAUUGUGAACAGGCAGGUGCUUGUACAUUGAUUUAAUUACUUAAAUCUAAUUAACACCAAAAAAAAUAAUAUUGUUUUGAAUGUUAUAUUGAUUUUUCAAAUGUUAAACAUGGGCCUACAGGUCAUGUGAUCAGUAUCACCAUGGCAACUACAAUGACCUUGGAGUUUCAGUGCAAUCGUAUGUAGUGUGUAAUCUAUUUAAGGGAUGUGGACUGUUCAAAUUAAAUAGACCAAUAAACUCAUUAUAGAUACAUGUACAA